UGUUAACGCUGAGGUUUCUUCCAUUUUUCUGGGGGCUUCUCCAGGGUUUUCCUUGAUGUGAGGGUCUGAGGGCAGGGUGUGAUCAGAGCAUCCAGGGACAGAGGUUUGACACCGGGCUGAUUGGACUCUGAUUGAUGGAUUAGGAGUGAACUUGGAUUAGUGAAACUCUCCUGAAGGGUCUCGUUUUCUCACCGGAGGUUUUCGGAGUGAUCUGGUCUCUGGAGAGGGUUCAUCAUGUUUCGGUUCUCCGGUUCUCCGGUUCUCCGGGUGUUUCUGCUCAUGCAGCUCGCCACCUCUCAGGAGAUUUACGCACCACACUCUAUCCGCGUGGAGGGUGACGUCACACUUGGGGGGCUCUUCCCCGUGCAUGCCAGGGGGGUCCCCGGGGUCCCGUGCGGGGACAUCAAGAAGGAGAACGGGAUCCACCGCCUGGAGGCCAUGAUGUACGCGCUGGACCAGAUCAACGGGGACGAGGACCUGCUGCCCAACGUGACGCUGGGGGCCCGCAUCCUGGACACCUGCUCGCGGGACACGCACGCGCUGGAGCAGUCCCUCACCUUCGUGCAGGCGCUGAUCCAGAAGGACACGUCGGACGUCCGCUGCACCAACGGGGAGCCGCCGCUGUUCGUGAAGCCCGAGAAGGUGGUUGGGGUGGUGGGGGCGUCCGCCAGCUCCGUGUCCAUCAUGGUGGCCAACAUCCUGAGACUGUUCCAGAUCCCUCAGGUCAGCUACGCCUCCACGGCUCCGGAGCUGAGCGACGACCGGCGUUACGACUUCUUCUCGCGUGUGGUGCCUCCGGACAGCUUCCAGGCUCAGGCCAUGGUGGACAUCGUGAAGGCCAUGGGCUGGAACUACGUCUCCACGCUGGCCUCGGAGGGGAGCUACGGGGAGAAGGGGGUGGACGCCUUCAUGCAGCUCUCCAGAGAAUCAGGAGGAAUCUGCAUCGCUCAGUCUCUGAAGAUUCCUCACGACCACAAAGCGUCUGACUUCGAUAAAAUCAUCCGCCUGUUGCUGGACACUCGUUACGCCCGAGCCGUCAUCCUGUUCGCCUCCGACGAGGACAUCAGAGGGAUCCUGAAUGCCAGUAAGCGAGCGGACCAGGUGGGUCACUUCCUGUGGAUCGGCUCGGACAGCUGGGGGGCGAAAAACAGCCCCAUCCUGCAGCUGGAGGAGGCAGCAGUGGGCGCCGUCACCAUCCUGCCCAAGAGAGCCACCAUCAGCGGUUUCGACGCGUACUUCACCUCUCGGACUCUGGAGAACAACCGCAGGAACGUCUGGUUCGCGGAGUACUGGGAGGAGAACUUCAACUGCAAGCUGAUGAGCUCCUCCAAGAAGGACGACAGCAGCAGGAAGUGCACCGGUCAGGAGCGGAUCAGCAUCGACUCGAAGUACGAGCAGGAGGGGAAGGUGCAGUUUGUGAUCGACGCCGUCUACGCCAUGGCCCACGCCCUGCACAACAUGCAGAGGGACUUCUGUCCCGAAAACUCCGGCAUCUGCACCGAGAUGGACCUGGCCGGAGGGAAGAAGCUGCUCAAGUACAUCCGCAGCGUCAGCUUCAACGGAAGUGCCGGUACUGCAGUGACGUUUAACCGUAACGGCGACGCCCCCGGACGCUACGACCUGUUCCAGUAUCAGUGGAGCAACGUCAGCGGGCCAGGCUACCGCGUGAUCGGGCAGUGGACCGAAUCCCUGCAGCUCAAUAUGGAGGACAUGCAGUGGCCUCGGGGGGAGCAGGACGUUCCCAGCUCCGUCUGCAGCCUCCCCUGUAAGACCGGAGAGAGGAAGAAGGUGGUGAAGGGCAUGCCGUGCUGCUGGCACUGCGAGCCCUGCGACGGCUACCAGUACCAGUACGACGAAUUCACCUGCAAGCUGUGCUCCUACAACAUGAGGCCCAACGCCAACCGCACCGCCUGCCAGCCCAUCCCCAUCAUCAAGCUGGAGUGGCACUCCCCCUGGGCCGUGAUCCCCGUGUUCCUGGCCAUGAUCGGGAUCAUCGCUACCAUCCUCGUCAUGGCCACGUUUGUCCGGUACAACGACACGCCGAUUGUCCGCGCGUCCGGCAGGGAGCUGAGCUACGUCCUCCUCACCGGGAUCUUCCUGUGUUACAUCAUCACGUUCCUCAUGAUCGCCAAGCCGGACGUGGGCGUGUGCUCAUUCAGAAGGAUCUUCCUGGGUCUGGGUAUGUGCAUCAGCUACGCCGCCCUGCUCACCAAAACCAACCGCAUCUACCGGAUUUUCGAGCAGGGCAAGAAGUCGGUGACAGCCCCCAGGCUGAUCAGCCCCACCUCGCAGCUGGCCAUCACCUCCAGCCUCAUCUCCGUGCAGCUGCUGGGGGUGUUCAUCUGGUUCGUGGUGGAUCCGCCCAACACCCUCAUAGACUACGACGAGCAGAAGACCUUCAACCCGUAUCUGGCUCGCGGCGUCUUGAAAUGUGACAUCACGGAUCUUCAGAUCAUCUGCUCGUUGGGUUACAGUAUCCUGUUGAUGGUGACGUGUACUGUUUACGCUAUCAAGACCCGCGGGGUCCCGGAGAACUUUAACGAGGCCAAGCCCAUCGGGUUCACCAUGUAUACCACCUGCAUCGUGUGGCUGGCAUUCAUACCCAUCUUCUUCGGCACAGCGCAGUCUGCAGAAAAGCUGUACAUCCAGACCACCACCCUGACCAUCUCCAUGAACCUGAGUGCGACCGUGGCCCUCGGGAUGCUCUACAUGCCAAAAGUCUACGUCAUCAUCUUCCACCCGGAGCUCAACGUGCAGAAGAGGAAGCGCUCCUUCAAGGCUGUCGCCACCGCCGCCACCAUGUCGUCCCGCCUCUCGCACAAAGCCAGCGACCGGCCCAACGGCGAGGCCAAGACCGAGCUGUGUGAGAACCUGGACCCCAACAGCUAAUCUCGUAAUUUAUCAGAGGUCCGGCAGCAAAGAAGAAAUACGUGAGCUACAACGACCACGAGAUCUGACGGCCUGAGCGAGAGACUGAGAAACAGGAAGAGGAGUUCCCGCCCUGCCGGCUGAAAACAAGGAGGAGGGUUUAUGUUGUUGUUUAGUUUUCCGGUAUCAUGUGCUUCAUUGCCCACCACGGACUCUCAGGAGCUGAAGCAAAGCCUGCUGGGACUUUCCUCUGGACUUUGAGCACAUUCACAAAGAGAGUUGAGGGAGCAAAAAAAAUAAACGGGUGUGUUGAGAGGGUAAAAAAUAAAUCUUGAUGGUGGUGCAGAGAGGGAACAUGGCGGACGUCUUCUCUCCACCGCUGAUGUCAAAGGAAGCCGCCGCCGCCGCCUCGGCAGGGUUCCUCCGGAGCGCACCUCCUCUUUACACUGCAAGUUUCCCGACUUCCUGUCCUCCCGCGUGUGGCUCUUUAUGGCUUAUAUGUUCCUUUGGUUGUUGCUUUGAUUUCCUCUUUAUGAUUUCUUUAACGGCGAUGAUGGUUUUGACGUUGUUGGUGAGUCUUUUUCCGCUCUCUGCUUCUUGGAUGCACAUUGUUUUUUAUUGAAGCCAUAUUCUCUGCUUCGAGAUUUCCAGGGCUUUGUCGCGCUGUCAACAGGAAUCUGAUUUUUGCCCCUGAAGCGUGUCUGAAAGGCCCUGAAAACAUGGUUUAUAAUCCUAUACUGCCACUAGGAUAGAACUGUGAUCAGUACAAGGGUUCAAAGAUUUCACCCGGCCAAUUCUGUUUAAAUUCAGUGAGAACGGACCGUGCAACAUAUGGCACAAAUCAAACCUUUCUUGCUUUUAUUUGGGGUUUUAUCAACAAUGCCGUUUGCUCCUGGAUCCUGCAGUCAACCCGGGGUGUCUAAUCCUAACCCUAAGCCCCCCUCCUCCGUGCAUAUCAAAGUACACAACUCCUCUGAACCUUUGGCACAGGGUUAGAUGUUUUUAGACGGCUACAGCAGAAAUAUAGUAUCACUUAAAGUCAGUGGAGAUUUGAAGCCAUGUUUUCAGGAGCUUCAGCUUUAUGAUUCUGAAUGUGCAUGAGACCGGGAUGCCUCCGAACUUUUAGUGAACUUUUGAUUACGUGACUGGGAAUGAGAUCUUUGUCUCACAUAAUGUAAUGCCUGUCCUAAAAAAUAAUCAGUCAGAGUUGUGCUUUCUGUUUAAGCUCUUUAAAUAUCUGACGUGGGGAAAACCAGAUUCCUUCAGCGGACACCAAGCUAAAAAAAAAAAAAGUCCCUGCCGUGUUUUUUUCCGUUUGAGAUGUUCGUGGUCCCAUGAUGGGAGACCCCCACCCCCCUCUUGUCUGUCCCCACAUGACGACCUCUCAGUAUUUUGUAGGUGUGUGAUGAUGAUGAUGAUGAAGAUGACCCUUUACUGUGUUGUUAAAGAGCCUCAGGGUCCGGACCUUGCCGGACUCCCGGUGAUUUCCCGGACUGCUGAUCCAACUCAAGGUGUUGAUGUCGAGGUUGUCAAUGCAUGCCUGAUAUGUUCGAUGUUGAAUCCGAUUAAAAAAAUAAUACCAAUGAAGUCCUCACGACGGUUGCUCCGCCUGUCUGCUCUGACCUGUACUGUUGUUAAUUUCCUUUCCGUUCCUUUACUCCACUUUCUCUCACAGCAGAAUAUGGCUUUAAUUGGUUUCGUAUUUUCCUGGAAACUACGGGAGAAAAAAGAGGAAUAUAUAUUUAAAAAAACAAAGCACUUGUUUAAACCCUGGAAGCAUGUCUGUUUUUUACUGUUUGUACUCGGUAUAUUCAUGUUGCCCUUGCUGCUUAUGUGCCAAUGUUGUGGGAGAGAUUUACAUUUGGCCACUCAUGCAACUAUUCUGUGGUGUUGUCCAAGAAUGUAUCGACAUGAAAUAAAAAGCAUUUGGUUAUUUUUCUAUAUAUAUUCCCUGAGGAAGCGCAGU